AUGCCCAGGCCUGCAGACGCAGAGCCUGUCGAGGGCGAGCGACAGGCAGCACGUAUCUCCCUAAGACACAACAUCGGCAUUUGCGCAGAAAUUCAUCGAGACGCCACGCGUGACAGCUCGCUACAAGUUCCUGUCAAGCACGUUGCGCACUAUGCCACUGUUUUAGAACGCAAUCUCUAUGAGUCAGGUAUCACAUCAAAACAGUACGCCGCUAUUAUACUUCAAUGCAAUGAGCUCUUUGAAGAGGCCGAAGAAGAUAUGCAAUUGUGGCAUAGCUUUCUCAGCGACAACUUCACAGACAUGGGCGCCCUCAGCGUUACGACCGCCGGAGAACCGAUACUACCUCUGGCAUUUGUCCUGGAAGGCCGCGCCGUCCUGGGCAAAGUCGUCGGCAAGAUGAACGCUUCCAUGCGCCUACAGGCAAGUAUCGACCCAAGAAAUGAGCCCUACAUUCUACAGCCUGAGGAAGAGGAACGCAUGGUAAAGAGGCUAGAGUUUUGGCGGAUUCGUUCUUCAGGAAAGUAUGACGAGUCUGCACAUUACAUGACGGCGUUAUGCAAGCUCAGUGAUCAAAUCGAGCGCUGGGAGAGUGAUGGUAGCUGGCCCUUUUGGUGUGACCAAGUGGGCCAACGCAUGAAUCGCCCCCUGAUGGGGCAAGACGUUAUAAAAGCUGAGGUGGCGCGCAAAAAGGACCUAGAGCGCCAGCGAAAGGCCGGUCUACCAGCUUCUGCACCACCUUUCACUUCUACCCAAGACGCAACUGGGAAUACAUCCAACGCAGCGGAAACACGGUCAUCGCCACCAAGUCAUGCAAAAUCCGCCUCGGCAGCAGCUGGUCGUCCCAUAGAUGAGGCUGCACCGCAGGAUGACAGUCUACCUGCCAGUAGGAACAACAAUCGUCCGAUACCACUCGUUCCGGUGGGGUCUUGGACGCCCAAGAAGCUCAUCCAACAAACGGCUACCAAUACCCCUUCUGUCAAGAGGUCCAAUCCAUUUUCACAGCUGCUCAGCUCUGUAGAUAACACAUCGCCGCGUCACAGCAAUGUCAGCACCCAAGGAGCUAAGCCUGCUUCAUUCAGUAGUGCCGCACAAGUUGACUUGUCACGCCAGAAGCAUACCGAACCUUCGACAGAUACGCCAUCAGCUCUCAACAUGCCAAAGCCUGACCAGGUCCAUCACUCUGACAUACUUACCAAGAGCACUAACACGCCCAAGGGCGCUGAAGCAAACCUCAAAGGCUUUGAGGUACCUGCUGACGCUGCAAAUACAACUGCGAAUGCAGCUGCAGCACCAGUUUCGACUUUGUUCUCACAAUCUGUUAUUGUCUCUCAGCAGAGUGGCGCAGCACUUCCUCCGUUUGGUAGCUUCACGCCCAUUUUUGGUGGCAUAUCUCUUAAUGGCAGCAAAGCAAAGCUUGCUCCACCUUCACCCAUCUGGGCGAACGCUGCUAAAGAAGUACCUGGCUCUUCCUUCUUGAAGUCUAGUAGUUCUACAGGCCCGAGCAUCUUCGACAGGUUGUCGAACAGGAAACCUAGUGAGCAAAAAGUGUUCAAUUUUGGACUAUCAAUUGUCCCAUCGCAGAAACAACUCCCAAAUGUCUCGCAAGGUCUCCCUGUCCCUGUGCCUCCAGGAGCACCCAACACGUCAAAACCCAAAACUUCCGACGAAGCAUCCGCGUCUCCGAUUGAGCCCGUCAGUGAUUCACAGCCGUCUGUUAAUGGCGUCGAAAAGACGGUCGAUGUUGAUGUAUCGACCAGCAUGGUUGUGCCUUUACCAGAUCAAGCAACCACUCAUGAUCAAACUCCUAAGAUUCCAUUGCUGGUUGGUCAAAACCUCCACCCAUCAGAAGAGAGCUCGCUUGAUGCAUCACCUGAGAAAGUGGUUGCUGGGUCCGCAGAGGCUACCUCAUCGAGCACACAAAUGGAUUCAAAUUCGCCUGCAUGCAAGCCUAUUCUUCUCGAGGAAGAGCGUAAUAAUCUUUCGAUGACUUCCAAUACUACAGAAUUUGUUGUCGAGCAAGAACAUGUACUCGAGCAAUCUCCUAUCGCGCCACCUCUGGUGCAUUCAUCAGCUCCGAAAGCAGAUGUCUCAAACCCCGUUGCCAAGAUUGUUGCAGCAGAUGUCAAAACGAUAGAAGUCAAGAGGAAGCUGCGGGACCCAAGCAUUGAUGGCAUCUUCAAGACCUUGGAACAAAUGAGAGGCUCCUUGAAGAGCAGUGAUGUUCUGAAAGAACAAGCAAAAAAACGGGAGGACCUUCACGCAUCCACGACAGGGACUCUAGAAGGAAGGAUCUGCGAGUUGAUGGACCUCGUCAAGCAAACGACUAGCUCACAGGAACAGAUCCAGGCUGACUUCCAACACAUGAAGGAAGAGUGCCGUAAGGCAAAAGACAUUGUUGCAAAUCUGAAGCAGCGCAUCACCGAGGCAGCGGAAGAGCGACGGAAAGAGCAACAAGCUGCGGCAGGUCAGCAAGCAAAGUUGAUUGCUAGAAUAGCAACUCUCGAAGCUCGUUUGCCUACAGUGGUCGUUCCAGAAAAUGUUGGUGCCACAGCACAGGUCCCACAGAAACCAACGCAGAUCAUGCCCGCGAAGGAACCUGUCACCAAAGUGACUGAACAAAAGGCAGCCAGCGCAAUCGCCGUAUCAAGGAUUGCUGCAAAGCGAAACGAAGACUAUGAGCAAGCUAAAAUUGAGCUCCCCAUCGACAGCCUUCGUCACCCUACGGCACAGCCGGCUGAUAUCCCUUCCAUCUCCGCAGUCCCUGCCGCACCAUCGAAAGACAUGACUGAGACCGCUGACAAGGGACUCCUGGGGGCGCUGACAAAGAGAGUUGAUCAAAUCUUUGAACAUGCAGAUGCGGCUCUCAAGGAUGCUGACAAGACUCUCGAGGAUGCUGACAAGAUGCGCGACCUGCUCAUGUUCCCCGCAAAGAAAUUCUCUGCAUUGUCGGAGAACAUGGUGCCGGCUUUCAAGAUGUUCGAAAAGAAGAUCCACGUCUUCAUCAUGGACAAAACUCAGCAUGCCGAUCGCGACACCGUAGCCAACCUACAUACCACCCUGCGCUACAUCAAACACGUGCACGAGUCGCAGGCCACCCUGCUUGACAUGGAACAGAAUCUUCGAGAUCUGAAGGCGGAAAAGGACUCGUAUGUUACGAGCUGGGGUACCAAAUUGAAGGACAACUACGACAUCGCUAGAGCCUAUGCGCAGCGUCUCUAUGUUGAGCUGAACGACCUCCCUCCGAAUGACGAUAUGUACAAUAUCCUUCGAGGUCACUGGUUUGCUGAGGUGUCGCGUCUGCGUCUCAUGGUCGAGGAUACCGGAAGCAAGUGGGGGUUCUCGCGUGUUGGUGCGAACGGGGCCCUUGAGCAAGAUAGAAAGUUGUUGAGAUCUGGAAGAGACGAAAUGUACCGCGUUUGA